ACCACCGAGGAAGAGCAGAAAACAGGAAGCAAAGAAGGAGGCUGUUGAUGGUGACAUAUCUUAGCAGGUUCUAUGCUCAAGCUAAGGACCGCUGAAGAAGAGAAAAGGAGUUGUGAAAUUUCCCAGCUGAGGCAGGCUGUGUUACAAAACAAUGACAGACUCCUUGAUGAGAUGCUCUGCCAAGAAAUCUACAAGAAAGUCAUCAACUGCAGAGGUGGCUGGGGCAUUGCAGGCACACCCCUGCAUGCUGCAGUGUCUAAAGGCCACCUCAGCUGUCUGCAGGUCCUUCUAGCUCACGGUGCCAUCAUAGACUGCGUGGACGUCAAGGCCCAGACGCCUCUGUUUGCAGCCGUUCGAGGGAAAUACCUUGACUGUGUCUUAACUCUCCUCAAAGCUGGCGCCAACCCCAACGGAAGUUCGUCCAACAACUGCUCGCCGGUCCUCACUGCUGCAAGGGAAGGCGACGCAGAGAUUCUAAAGCAGCUACUAAAACACGGCGCUGAGGUGAACUCCCGCGCCAAAGUCUUACUGUGGACCUCGAGUGCCAGAGUCUCCAGUGGGCCGCUUUAUUUGGCUGCUGUUUAUGGACACAUGGAGUGCUUCAAACUGCUGCUCCUCUACGGGGCAGACCCAGACUACAACUGCACUGAUGCCAAGCUGCUGAGCUCUGACAAGCAGCCCAAAACUGUGCUGGAGAUGUGCCUUAGGCACGGCUGCGGCGUGGAAUACAUCCAGCUUCUGAUCGACUUCGGUGCAAACGUCUACCUCCCCACGCUGAUCAUCGAGAAGUCGACGAAGCAGAACGAGGCUGUGGAGCUGCUGCUGCGAGAAAGAGGAAAUCCAAAAGCUUUGACCUCACAGUGCCGACUUGCUGUGCGGAGACACCUCAGAAAGAUCAACAAGAUCAACUGCAUCGACCAGCUGGAAAUGCCCACAAGUCUCAUCAACUUCUUGCAACACAAAGCAGCACCAGUCACUGUUCUGUAGAUAGUGAAGGUUAAGUUAUUUUAUGACCCGUGUUUUGUUUUUUAUUUUAGCUUAAGCUUUUAUUUGCAGGAUUUGAGCCCCUUCGUCCUCUUUUUAAAAUGGCUUCUGUGUGAGUAUGCAUUGUUCUUGCUCUUAAGACUGAUUCUUCAGCUAAAAGAAUAAAGGUGGAUUAUUGUUGUGGAA